AUGAGCUCGUUCCACUCCUCGAACUUAUUCGAUGUCUCGGGCAAAGUUGUUCUCGUUACAGGGGGCAGCAGAGGCAUUGGAAAGAUGAUUGUCCAAGGUUUCGUUGCGAAUGGCGCCAAGGUGUACAUCUCGUCGCGCUCGGCGAAAGACUGCGAGGCCACAGCUGCUGAGCUCAACGCGUCAGGCCCAGGCACCUGCAUUGCCCUCCCCGCCGACAUGCAGAAACUCGAACAAGUGGAGGAGCUACUUCGCACUCUUACUGCUCGAGAACAUGCUCUACACGUACUCGUGAACAAUGCAGGCGCAGCGUGGGGUGAUCCCAUUGAUGACUAUCCGGACUCUGCUUUCACAAAGCUACUCACUCUCAACGCACAGCGUGUAUUUACGCUCACGCAGAAAUGCCUACCGCUUCUGCGUGCAGCUGCAGAGCAAGGUGGGAAGGACGGUGAUGUCUUCCGAGAUCCUGCUCGUAUCAUCAACAUCGGCUCUGUGGAAGGCUUGAUAGUGCCUAAUCAUGAGACAUAUGCUUAUUCUGCUUCCAAAGCAGCACUACAUCACCUUAGCAGACAUCUCGCCGGCCGCCUGGGAUGGGAAGGUAUUACUAGCAAUACAAUUGCGUGCGGUCCGUUCGAGAGCAAAAUGAUGGCUCAUACCCUCGACACGCAAGGUGAGAUCAUCAAGAAACUGAUACCCCUCCAGCGCAUCGGCACGCCUGUGGAUGUCGCAGGUACGGCCCUAUUCUUGGCUAGUCGUGCGGGUGCAUUUGUGAACGGUGCGACGAUCACUGUGGACGGCGGCCAAACGGUAGGCAUGCGAAUCAUGUCACCGCUAGCAAGGCUUUAA